AUGAACAAGCUGUAUAUCGGUAACGUGAGCGAGCAGGCGAGCGCUCUGGACUUGGAAACUAUCUUUGAGCAGUGGAAGAUACCGUUCAGCGCGCCCUUUCUAGUCAAAAGUGGCUACGCGUUUGUGGACUGCCCCGACGAGAAGAUCGCAAUGAAGGCCAUCGAUACACUUUCAGGCAAAGUAGAACUUCACGGGAAGCUUCUAGAAGUGGAGCAUUCUGUACCCAAGCGACAAAGAAGCUGUAAACUGCAGAUCAGAAAUAUCCCACCACACAUGCAAUGGGAGGUAUUGGACGGGUUAUUGGCUCAGUAUGGCACAGUGGAGAGUUGUGAACAAGUCAACACAGAUACAGAGACAGCUGUAGUGAAUGUGCGAUAUGGAGCCAAGGACCAGGCGAGACAAGCAGUAGAGAAGCUGAACGGUUUCAUGAUGGAGAACUAUGCGCUAAAGGUAUCCUACAUCCCGGAUGAGGCAGCCGUCGCUGAUCCUUCAAAUAUGGGUAACAGAAGAGGAGCAGCACCACGCGGUCCCCCUCGCCAGGCUUCACCCUCACUUGGUGCCCGGCCCAAGCUGCAGUCCGACAUCCCUCUGCGCAUGCUUGUGCCCACUCAGUUUGUGGGAGCCAUCAUUGGCAAAGAGGGUGCCACCAUUCGCAAUAUAACCAAACAGACACACUCGAAAAUUGACAUUCAUCGUAAGGAAAAUGCUGGAGCAGCAGAGAAACCAAUUACAGUUCACUCGACUCCAGAAGGCUGCAGCUCUGCAUGCAGAAGCAUUUUGGAGAUCAUGCAGAAAGAGGCUCAGGACACAAAAAUUACUGAUGAGAUUCCGCUGAAGAUUUUGGCUCAUAAUAACUUUGUGGGGCGCCUGAUUGGAAAAGAGGGACGUAACUUGAAAAAGAUUGAACAAGACACUGGUACCAAAAUCACCAUCUCACCUCUGCAGGAUCUGACUCUGUAUAACCCAGAGCGCACCAUCACAGUAAAAGGUGCCAUAGAGGCGUGUGCCAGAGCGGAGGAGGAGGUUAUGAAAAAAGUCAGAGAGUCCUAUGAGAAUGAUGUUGCGGCCAUGAACUUACAGUCUAAUUUGAUUCCUGGCUUGAAUCUGAAUGCACUGGGUCUUUUCCCGGGUGGGUCAGCAGGGGGAGUGUCCCCUUCAAUGGGUCCAGGACCACUUUCUGGCCCGCAGGCUGGCUACCCAUCAUUUGGGUGCAGCGUGUUUGGGAGUGAGGUGCCCUUAUGCUCCUCCAGCGGUAGCCCACCUUUUUCUCAGCCCGAGUCUGAGACGGUGCAUCUCUUCAUCCCUGCUUUGGCGGUGGGUGCUAUUAUUGGCAAGCAGGGCCAGCACAUAAAGCAGCUCAGUCGAUUUGCUGGUGCCUCAAUUAAAAUUGCCCCAGCAGAUGGCAUGGAUUCCAAGCAGAGAAUGGUCAUUAUUUCCGGGCCACCUGAGGCCCAGUUUAAGGCUCAGGGACGUAUCUUUGGGAAACUGAAGGAAGAAAACUUUUUUGGGCCAAAGGAAGAGGUGAAACUAGAAGCUCAUAUUAAAGUGCCAUCAUUUGCUGCAGGCAGAGUCAUUGGCAAAGGUGGCAAAACGGUGAAUGAACUGCAGAAUCUGACUAGCGCUGAAGUGGUUGUUCCACGUGAUCAGACCCCAGAUGAAAAUGACCAAGUCGUAGUGAAGAUCACUGGCCACUUCUAUGCAAGCCAGCUGGCUCAGCGUAAGAUCCAGGAGAUUCUGUCUCAGGUGAGGCGGCAACAGCAGCAGCCCAAAGCCUCACCUACCGGUGCUCCGAUGACUAAAAGAAAAUAAGAGCCUGUCAUGGAGACGAGUGGGACAUGGGACAUGCCCAUCUCAGGGGUCAGGGGGUUGUGCCUGACCACCCCACUUACUCUUAAACCCCACCCACCUCCCAGCGUUUCUGUGAGAAUGUAUUCAACCGCACACUAUUCUUUUGUUUAGAACACAAGAAAACACGGCUAUGAGAACUAGUUUCCCCUUCACUGCCGUAGUGUGGUAACUGCACAAUAUUACAUUUUUUUUAAUUGAUUAGCAUUUUCAGUGUAAAAGUCAAGGCAUUGCUCACCUUGCCUGGCUGGAGGUGGGGUCUAAGAGCUCUGGGUAUGGGAUGGGACUAGGUGUGGCAAGGUUGGAAGGAUUAUGUCCCAGUAUUGUUAGUGGCAUUUUAUAAAUUCGGAUGCAUUUUAUAAAGAAAAAUUAUAUAGAUCCAAGAUUAUGAAAGGAGGUGGAGCAACACUGCCACUUAACGAAAGCAAGUGUUGAUUAGUGUUGGCCAGGAAACCAAGUUAAUAUGCAUUUUACUGAUCUACCUCAGGCUAGAAUACCUCAGAAAAAAGAAAAUGAUAUAUAUGAAAAUGUUUUUCUUUUUUAUUUUGCUUUGUGGUAUUUUGUAUACUUUAUAAAAGCUAAUAGUUCUUGAACAUUUUUAUUUUUUUAAGAAAAUUUAAAAUUCAGUCUGCUGUUAACACAAGUCUUUAAGCUCCACUUGCAUUAUGCUCCAGACAGAAUAACUGUAUAUAAAUAAUGUCUGUGCAUGUGGCUAGGAGUGGGGUUUAAAUGCUUGCUGUUGGUUGCAGGCAGGAAUAUUGAGAGAAAAGCGCCUCAGUGUUGCCGAGGAGCCACCAUCUUCUGAAAACAUGCUAAAAAUAUAAAUGCCGAAUUAUGCCAACCGUACAUACUGCAGCAAUGCCAUUUAGUUUAGCAAAUAUACUAAUACCGUUCUGGCUGGUACAUUUACCGCUUUGUGUUCAGGAUUGAACAGAGGCUAGCAUCAGAGGUCAGGGAUAACAAGUCUGUCCUGCUGUAAACUCUCUGAUGUGUCUUUGUCCUCCUCAACACAUUUACCUAUUUAGCAAAUACUAGCAUGGUCCAGCCUUUUGUGGUGCUUAACAGUUUUCCCCCCGCUGCAUCAAACCAAGAGUCUUUUUCUGCACUCAGUUAUGAGUAUUUUGUGUGUGCUAAGCCGUAGUCACACCAGGCUUUUCCACACUGCUAUUAUCCAUGUCAAGUGUCAGUCGCUGCAUGGUGAGGGUCGGGGUGGGGGGAGUCACACUGUUUCAAUUGCCUUUUUGACAUUACAGUACUAAUGGAUGGGUCUUUUUAAUUCAGCAGUAAUGUAAAAAAAAAAAACAGACGUGAACGAUUUUUCUUUCAUUUUUGUCAUUCAAAGUGAAAAGUGCAAGAUAAAAAUGAUUUUCACAACUUUAUGGAAUAUGGAGAAAAAAAAGAAUUUUUUGUUUUCAUGCGAAUAUAAAUAUGAUUUGAUUGUGGUAAAACAGUGUAUUCAUGCUUCCACACUAGUAAUAAUGUCUACCUCAGCUAAGUCGAGGGUGGGUGGUGCUGAAACUUGUGCCUCCUGCUCCAUCUCUAGAAAAUUAGCACGUGGCGAUACCUCGAGUCCCUCGCGAGCACUCGUCUCAUGCUUUCGGCCUGUCACGCCUUGCGCUUACAGGAGGGGCACAAGUCAUUUUGUUAUUUCAUUUUUUUCCUUCUACACUAUUUUUGAUCUACCUCCUAGACACGUAUUUGAAUUAGAGGCAUAUUACUAUAUGUUAGAAUUUAGGGUCGCAAUUCUCAGCUCUUUCCUUACCGGAAAAAAUAUGUUUAAAAAAAUCAUGUAUGCUUAGAUUUGACAUGAGUGAUUUUUAAGAUAUUUCAUUUAGCCUGCAUUGUGUUCUAAUGACUGAUUUAAAAUCUCAACAUGUUGCUUUUCUUGCUUCUUGGUUUUGGUGUUGUGGCUUCCAUGUAUUGAGCUUUACUUCAUGCAUAGGUAUUAUCAAGACAUUGUUAAUUUGGGAUCUGAUUAAUAAUCUAGUUGUUUGCUUUAUUUCUUAAAGAAUUGGCUUUGCCCUCUGAUUUAUAAAUGAUUCAAAAUUUCUUCCCCAUUACUUGUCUUAAAGGAUGCUUCAUUUAUUCUGAUAUAUACUUUUUUUUUUGACUGGGAUUUGAUCCGAUUUCUUGGCUGUGUUGUGUGGUGAGUCAUGUUUCAGUGGGAAUGUGAUGUGGAAUUUGAAGAAUAUGGUCCUAUUUCAGCAUGAUGAGCAGCAACCCUUCUGACAGUGCUUGUGCACCCUCACACACUUCCACUUGUCAAAUGCCUCUGAAAAGAUAAAUAAAGUCAAGUUGGCUCCUA